CUGCUUCCCCGGCCCCGAGCGGCGCGUCCGUCCCGCAGCCCCUGAGUCCGCGGCGGGCGUUUGCGGCGGCCCGAGCGCCGCGCCUUCCCCUGCCCCAUGUCGGCGUGGCUCGGCCGGGCGGCGCUGCUGCUGGGGCGGCCGGGGGGCCCCGCCGCGCCCUCCUCGUCCUCCUCCCGCCUGGGCUCGCUGCGGGGCCCGCCGCGCUGCUGCUGCCGCCGCCGCCUGGGCUCGCUGCGGGGCGGCGCCGACGGGCUGCUGCCGGCGCGGGGAGCGCCGCCCGGGCGGGCGCUGGGCACGCACCCCAAGAAGGAGCCGAUGGAGGCGCUGAACACGGCGCAGGGGGCCCGCGACUUCAUCUACAGCCUGCACUCCACCGAGCGGAGCUGCCUGCUGCGGGAGCUGCACCGCUUCGAGUCCAUCGCCAUCGCCCAAGGUUGCUCCAGGUGUAGUAAUGCCAUUGGACUGCAGUCCACAGAGUCAGGUUUUUUGAUCUGCUCAGCUGACCCCAUAGCAGCUCGGGCAAGCUGUCAGCAAUAUGGGGAGAUCCGGGCACAUCAAGAACCCAGUGGGGCCUGUUCCUCAGCUCAUUCGCAGGCCUACCACCAGAAGGAAGCAGUUCCACCAUCUAAUUGCCCUAGCACGAAAUAUGACAGGACACACUAUCUGUGGCCUCCGCUAAUGGCAGAGGCUGCGGGGAAACCCGGCCGCUGUCCUCACUGCUGCGCUGAAGGAUGGUCCUCAGAGAAGUUGGAGGUUGCACCACCGUCUCCAGGACAACUGAGACAUGUGUUCUUCCACAAUGCAUUACCUUUUGUAGGGUUUGGAUUUUUGGAUAACGCAAUUAUGAUUGCUGCGGGAACCCAAAUAGAAUUGUCAAUUGGAGUUGUCCUAGGAAUCUCAACCAUGGCAGCUGCUGCUUUGGGAAACCUUGUUUCAGAUUUAGCUGGACUGGGUCUUGCAGGUUAUGUAGAAGCUUUGGCUUCACGGCUGGGUCUCUCAAUCCCUGAUCUGACGCCCAAACAAGCUGACAUGUGGCAAACACGUCUUAGUGCACACUUGGGUAAAGCUAUUGGAGUGACCAUUGGCUGCAUUUUAGGAAUGUUUCCUUUGUUGUUCUUUGGCGAUGAGGAAGAAAAACUGGAAGAAAAAAAAUAACAUUUUUACAAGAAGUAUACAGAUGUAAACUAAUGUACCUCAAUUACUCAAUUAUGCUGUCAAUAUUUAGGAAUUAACAGACAGUAAAAAUGUAUAGACUUGGGAACAAAACCUUCAGCAUGUCAUUUUAUGGAAACACUAAUUUAUUGUGGCUUUGUUGUGUUCAGUACUUCUUUUUAUAAGAUACCAUUUAGCUUUCUAUUUAAUGUACAUUUUUGAAGUGUUUUCACUUAUGGCAAAUGAUGUUUACCACUUCCCCUUUUGACAUUAUCCUUUAACAGAUUAUUACUUUAAUAGUCCACUGUGGAUGACAGUAACACUCUUCAGUUGCAUAUUGGUUGCUUAACAGAUGUAAUUGCAUGACAAAAAAAUUGCAGCUGUUCAUCAGGUCCUUCAAUACAGAUUAUUAAGGAGGUCAGUUAUGAGUGAUUUGAAGAUCCCUCACUUGACAAGAAGGCUGAGUGCCCCCUCACCAACUCUCAUUUUGCACUGCCUUCACAUCAGAUAUUUCAGUGAUCAAGCAUCAGUCUGAUUUGCAUUCUUUAUAAUUCUGAAUCUCUGAAUUGUCAUCUGAGGUGAUCAUUUUAAUGCCCUGACCAAGGUAAGUGAUUGCAGUAUAAUAUCCUUUCCAGGUUCAUCUUUAGUGGUGUCUUAACACUGCCUUCUGUACUUCUGUAUUCUGUCUCUUUUUUUCCUUUUUUCUUCCUGGUAAACAAUAACUUGAGAGUUCAGUUGAGAUCUCCUUAAGCUUAUCUUCCUGAGCUUCUCAUGUAUUAUCAAAGAGUUCAGAUUUCCUAAUUCAGAAACACUUUUUUCUUUAAAAAAGUUCUGUUUAAAAUGAAGUGUGAAUGCUAAUGGGGGGAGCUAAUGGGGACUGACAAAGCUGGGGAGCCUUUUGAGAUAUGAAUGAAUAUUGGCAUUGCAGGUUUGUGAUGGGUGGCUUAAAUGAAACAAUAAAAUAUUCAUAUGCUGUCAGUCUGGAUUAGAGGACCUGGUUUGCAGAUUAUAAUGUUGUAUUUAUGAUUAAACUUUUUUUUUUUUUUUUUGCUGUGAGGCUUCUGAAAAAAGAAAAAAUAAGACUUGAGGCCUUCUUCCUGUUCCUGCCUUUUAUUUUUGCAGUCUUAUUUGAUGUAUUAUAGAUCUGACAGUGCAGUCACAUGUAACUGUGCUUUUUUAUAUGUUCAUAAAUUAUAAUUACAAUUAUCAAGAGAAUUUCAGGAUCCACCUUGCCAAAUAACAAUGCUAAGCUGAUAACUAUUUGUUAAAGGGGGGCUUUCUUACCUCUUUCAAUACCAUUUGGAAAGAUUAAUAAGAGGCACAGCUUAGGCACUUUGAAAGUUCUGUCACUGGAAUUGUUAGCACUUCUGAAACCAACAAAUAAAUGGUUUAAAAGA